CGGCCCGCGGUGACGUCACGCGCGCGCCGCGGGUGGGCCUGGCCGCGCCACGUCGGCUCCCGGCGGCCGCGCCCCCUCCCCGGCGGUGGCGCUCACUCUGCUCGCGCGGUCCCGGCGCUUCACGCGCGCGCGUUGCUCUCCCGCCGGCUCCCCGGCGCUCACACCCGCGCUCACUCGCGCACUCCCGUCUGGCCCGAGAACCGCGCCGCCGCCUCAGCCCCGCGGAAGCCCCGCCGCGCCAUGUCUUCGCCUCCCGAAGGAAAACUAGAGACUAAAGCUGGACACCCGCCCGCCGUGAAAGCUGGUGGAAUGAGAAUUGUGCAGAAGCACCCACAUACUGGAGACACCAAAGAAGAGAAAGACAAGGACGACCAGGAAUGGGAAAGCCCCAGUCCCCCUAAACCAACUGUGUUCAUCUCUGGGGUCAUUGCCCGGGGUGACAAAGACUUCCCCCCGGCGGCUGCACAGGUGGCUCACCAGAAGCCGCAUGCCUCCAUGGACAAGCAUCCUUCCCCGAGAACCCAGCACAUCCAGCAGCCACGCAAGUGAGCCUGGACCCCACCAGCCUCCCCAGUGGCCCCAUCUCUGCUGCACCUGGCAUUUCCCCAACAGAGAGAACCAGCACUUUCUCCCAAAUCCCACUCUACUGGGAAAUCUAAGGCAAAAAGAGGUACUCUGUCCUUUGCCUUAUAUUUCCAUAUUUGAAGCUAGAGAUGGCUCCAGCCCGAACCUUGUUUAUGGGGAGUCUGGUUGGAUGUCAUUUGAGGAUAAUUGUGCCCCCAGAGGUGCCAUUAGCAAAACUUGCCAAGAUCCGAGGAAAACUGUAGCUUUAGUUCUAUUUCAGCAGUCAUCUGAUAGCCUCGUCUGUGGUCUUCAAAACAAGAAGGCACAAAUUUGAGAGGAUCAGAUUAAGGUUAAGAGAAAAGCUCAUUCAUUGCAUGCUUUUUAGUAUUAGGACGAUAAAAUCUCAACACCUACGGGAGAGAAAAUAAGGGAAUUCCUGUCUAGAGAAUUUCCUGUCUAGAGGAAAUAAGGGAAUUCGUUUGGGUGGCCCAUCAGGCCCUUAGAGGCAGGGAACAACGCCGAAUUUCCCUCCCUUGAGAUGGGGGAUCCUGUGCAGGCUGAUGAGGCACACUCAAGAAAAGCCAAAAGCAUACGUCUUAGAAAUAGCCCCUCAAUUCCAGGAGGCAGCAUGCCCAAAAUUGAGGUUGGAGGCAGGUGGCUCCGAGGGAGGCCUUCUGGAAUGAGGUCUCGGCGGCAGGCCCAGCAUUGCCUCAGACCAGACGGGCUCCACCAGGAGUUGAAGCAAGGCUGGCCUUUCGGGAAUCACCUCCUGAGCCACUUCAGAGUUCUGGAAGUGCCCACGGCCCAGGGUCAAGGAAUAGACUUCUAGCUCAUUCUGGAACAUGUGAGCCAGAGAGUCGGAAGCUUGGAAAGACCAGUUAAAAAACCUGCCCUUUGUCUCCCUAGGGACAUGGAAUACCACAUUCCAUUUGUGCUAGAAAAACCUAUUCACUGGUGAGUCUAACUGCCCCAAAUGCCUCCCGCCUGUGUGCACGGCUGCCCGGGCCGUCGUCACUUGGGCACGUCAGGUGGUCUUCUGAUUUUUAGAUGAAUUUCCUGUCUAGAGGUGUCCUAGUCUGCCCACUGGCUGGUAGCAGUAGCAUCUCCGAAAAGCAAGAGGGCUCACUUAGACAAAACUCCAGUGCUUGUGGAGGGCCCGACUGUCCUGGUCACCCUCAGCGGAUCUGCUGCAGGUCAGCAACUGUGCCGUGGCCAACCAGCAGCCUUUCCAGUACCAUCUGCCAGCUGGUGAGGGCAGAGGCAGACCUGGUCAGACCCAGCGGCCGCUCCUCCGUGAGGGAGCAUGGCACAGCGUCACAGACCUGGUCAGACCCAGUGGCCGCUCCUCCGUGAGGGAGCAUGGCACGGCCUCACACUUGAAAGGCAGUGUUUGGUUUCCCGUCUCACCUUCUUAAGGGAAGCCGACGCAUACCCUUCAAGGCCCUGUCACCACCUAUUUCCUCGUCAAUUGGCAUAUAGUGAGGGUGGCUUUUAGAGACCCAGGCUUGGUUGGCAGUGCUGCUGUGGAGCACCCCAGCAGGCACCUUCCGCCUGCCUUUCAGAGCCAGCACCCAGGAGGGAUGCCACCCUCCCGAAACACCAGGUCAGCCCGUGCAGACCCCUGCCCCUGCCGCUGCAGAAAUCCAGAAGCGUCCUUAGUGCUGCUCAGGCUUCAGCGAAAGGGAGGGCUGUUCUUUCCAGAGGUGCCUUUCUUUAUGUUCUGUUAGCUGGAUCUGGCAUGCAUCCGUGAGCUUUAGAUCAUUACAUCCAAAUUGUUUGCCUAAAUGAGUUUAUCAGUUGUUAACUCGAAGAAUAUUAAUUGUUGCUAAUAAAGCUCCUGCAUUUCUCUCC